CCUGAGAUACCCCCAAACAUUACGCUACUGAUAUUGCGUCCCCGCCAUUACAUUUAACUGUUCGCAAUUUUCCGUGACUGGCGUUUGUAACAAGUCGGUACUUCGUACUGUUGUGCCCGUGACUAGUAAAAAAAGGAAAGCAUUUAGAAGAUGUUUCUGACACGUUCGGAGUACGAUCGUGGUGUGAACACUUUCUCGCCGGAAGGAAGAUUAUUUCAAGUGGAAUAUGCUAUAGAAGCUAUAAAACUUGGCUCCACUGCCAUCGGAAUUGCAACAACGGAAGGAGUAGUUCUGGCAGUGGAGAAACGCAUUACCUCUACUUUAAUGGAGCCGACAACCGUAGAAAAAAUUGUAGAAAUCGACAAACAUAUAGGAUGUGCAGCUUCUGGUCUGAUGGCAGAUUCGCGGACAAUGAUUGAUAGAGCCCGAGUUGAAUGUCAGAAUCAUUGGUUUGUUUACAACGAAAAAAUGACGGUGGAAUCAACCGCUCAAGCUGUAUCCAAUUUAGCCAUACAAUUUGGAGAUAGCGAUGACGAUGGUACUGCUAUGUCUAGACCAUUUGGUGUAGCGAUGUUAUUUGCUGGCAUUGACGAGAAAGGUCCACAAUUGUAUCAUAUGGAUCCAUCUGGUACUUUUGUUCAGUUUGAUGCCAAGGCUAUAGGAUCUGGUAGUGAAGGUGCUCAACAAAAUCUUCAAGAAGUAUACCAUAAGUCUAUGACACUUAAGGAAGCGCUGAAAUCUGCGCUGACAAUAUUGAAGCAAGUGAUGGAAGAAAAACUCAACGACACCAAUAUUGAAGUGAUGACAAUGACACCUGAGCAACUGUUUCACAUGUUUGCUAAAGCUGAAUUACAAGAGGUGAUUAAAGAUAUUGCUUAAGAGUUUAUUACAUUUUUAUGAAUUACUGCGAGCAUUUUCACUAUACCGAAUCGCGACAGGAAUGAAUGGAUUUCUCAUAUGGGACAGCAUAAUUGUAAAUUAUACCUCCACUUUACACAGGACAAGUUCUUUAUUCCUGUUAUAUUUAACAGUACAAUUUACCUUCUUUAGAGAAAGAAUAUUAAAACACAAGAAAUCAUUAGCGUGAA